CACCAACAACAACGCUGACAACAACGCCAACAACCACCAACAUGAACUUUCGGCGCUUUGUGACGGAAGAUGAAGUGCAGGAGACACGCAAGCUGCAACAAGAGGAGUGGGAACGCAACCGCAAGCCAGGCGAAGCCUUGGAGCGACCGGACGCACCAUACGACCCGCGCCCACUGUAUGAGAAGCUGAAGGAGCAGCGCGUCAAGAAGCAGGAGGAAUUUGAGGAGAAGCUCAAGUUCAAGAACCAGAUCUACUCUGGGCUGGACGAGGAGGAGGCCAAGUUCCUCGAAGAGUGCAGGCAGAAGCAGAUUGAAGAGGAGGAUCAGAGGUGGGUGGAGGAAGGCCAUGCCAUUCGCGAGUACAGACGGCAGGCCGAGGAAACGGUCGUAACCACGGUCGAAGAGCCGCCAGCGCAACCCACCGUCAGCGUCCUGGAGAAGAAGUUGCAAGAGGCGAGACGCAAGCUCGAGUCAAAGUCACAGAGCAAGCUGCUGCAAGGCCUGGUGCGCCGCAAGAGCACAAAGACCAGCAGUGACAACGCCGGCGACGACGAUGACAGCGAAACAAAGGCGAAGCGUGCAAAGACACAACAACAGCAGCAGCAGAGCAGCGGUGCUGGGGUGGUGGCGACGGAGAAGCACGAAAGGAAGGACGAGAGGAGGAAGGCGAGUGAAGCGACACACGGCGCUGUUCCCGCAACGAAGAAGGGCGGCCUUGUCGAUUACAGCAGCAGCAGCAGUGAAGAUGACGACGAUGAUGACGAGUAGAACUUGCUGAGUGUGUGUAUGUGUGUGUGUGUGAAAUUGUGUGAAUGUGUGUGUGUGUGUGUCUGUAUCUGUGUGUGUGUGAAAUUGUGUGAA